UACUAGAUGUGAGCAUGAUACUGCUGCACUCCAGCCACUGCCACCGUGGCAGCAGCAGCAGCUGUGAUCCCCGCAGCUUCCUCCCAUCACACGCCGGCCCCUCCCGCAUUAUACAGUAGGCCGCAGCUCAGCGCUCGCCUAGCGCCUCGGGGGGGCCCUGCUGCUCUCUGUCUACUGGAGGAGGAAGUGAGGAGAUAUCCGGAUCCCGUGCUACUGCUGCUACCGCUGCUCCUCCGUGCGGGGCCUGGGUCUGAGAUCCACCAGAUGUCAGGUCAGUGUCUCCUACUACACCUCAGAGAGGACGCCAGGGAUGAGGGCACAUGGUUUGGGCGUUCUGUAGCAGCAGAUGGUAUGGAUGACAUGGACUGACGUCUGUUGCUGAAUAAUUUAAUAUGGGCAUCAGAGUUGUGGCAGCAGUUUUCAACCUCCCCACAGCUGUACUCUAUGGCUCAUUGUCGUUUUUUCUCUCCGUCCUGCACAAUGUUUUCCUCCUCUACUAUGUGGAUACCUUUGUUUCCGUCUACAAAAUCGACAAGCUGUCUUUCUGGAUUGGAGAGACCAUAUUCUUAAUAUGGAACAGCUUGAACGAUCCUUUGUUUGGAUGGUUAAGUGACCGCAUCUUCCUGAACGCAAAACAGUCCAAUGUAGUUAUCUCAACCCCUGAAGUGGUGCUAAAGAGACUCAAUGCUUUGAGCAGAAAUGGACCAUUGUUUGCCCUCUCUUUCCUGGCAUUCUGGGUAUCCUGGGCCCACCCUGGUUUACAGUUCCUCAUCUGUCUUUGCCUGUACGACAGCUUCCUCACCAUGGUAGACCUCAACCAUAAUGCCUUGUUGGCUGACCUUGCCGUGUCAGCUGUGGAGAGGACGAGACUGAACUUUCACUGUUCACUUUUUAGCGCUAUUGGUUCCCUAUCCGUUUUUGCGUCUUACACCGUUUGGAACAAGGAAGAUUUUUUCUCCUUCAGGAUAUUUUGUGUGAUCCUAGCAGCUGUGUCCGCUCUGGGUUUUACAGUGUCAACAUGGCUGCUGAGACAACGUUUCCAAACCGGAGUGAAAGCUGCUGGGGACCAGGACUCCAUAUUGAAUGAAUUAUAUGUGAGUGAACCCUCGGCUUCUCCUGAGAAAAAAGUCACUCUAUUAGAAUACCUCAAACAGUUAUCUAAGCAUCGGAACUUUGUCUGGUUUGCCUGCAUGAAUUUGGUGCAGGUUUUUCACUGCCAUUUCAACAGUAAUUUUUUCCCCCUCUUCCUGGAGCACUUGUUGUCUGACAGAAUCUCCCUUUCUACCGGAUCUUUUUUAUUAGGUGUUUCUUAUAUAGCCCCCCAUCUAAACAACAUGUACUUCCUCUCCUUGUGCCAGAAAUAUGGUGUCUACAGUGUUGUGCGCUGCCUGUUCUUUCUCAAGCUGGUUCUUAGUGUGGUGAUGCUUCUAGCCGGGCCCGACCAGAUAUACCUGCUUUGUAUAUUCAUAGCCAGCAACCGUGUUUUCACUGAGGGGACAUGUAAAUUACUGAACCUGGUGAUCACCGACUUGGUGGAUGAAGAUUAUGUGCUAAACUGCAGAAAACAAGCGGCUUCAGCGCUAAUGUUUGGAAUGGUUGCCUUGGUUACCAAACCUGGCCAGACGUUCGCUCCGCUUAUUGGCACAUGGUUACUUUGUGUCUACACAGGAUAUGAUAUAUUUCAGCGGGAUGCUAUGAAUCAUAUAAGUACGGAACCACAGAUGGAUUCUAGCCGCGUACUAACAGCCACUCUCCGGCAAGGGUGCUUUUAUCUCCUGGUAUUCAUCCCAAUAACUUGUGCUCUCCUCCAGCUCUUCACCUGGUCCCAUUUCACUCUACGUGGAAAACGCCUUUUAGCAGUGAAAGCUAAUCGCCAGACUAAGCCUCAAAAUGCACUCCCACAGGAUGUCAAAACUAUAUGAAGGACAGCAAUUCUCAUGUCAGUCCAAUGGUUAUAUCUUUACAGUCAUUAUGGCGGAGAAGUCGCAUCAGCGCACGGUAUGUGCACUGAUACCACUUCUCCUGCAUGUAUGAGUGUGCGGUGCAUGACCCUUGUCUAUAUAGGCACUGCUAUCUGUAAGAUAGCAUGCUGAUAUACAGGGCAAUGUAUGAACGGUUAGUAGCACUGACCCUUUUGAUAGCUGCAGCUGCCGUUACGCACCACAGCCAGGGACAACGCUACGGGCGGUACAGAAGAUCUUGCGCAUGCCCAGAGGAGGCGGCCGGGGUAGAGGCACAGCGCAUCAGCACUAGAUUGCUAGAGCGGCCUAGCCCUAACCGUCCCUUUCGGCAGCAUAUCCCUAAUACUUACCAUUUGAAAUGGUCAGUAUUUUGACUGUUGGAACGCCGACUACAUUCCGCUAUAUCAUCAUGUGUGCGCUCUCCUAAAGAACGGUGCGCAGGAUAGUGACGACACCAUGCAGCAUGGGGUUGAUCAUUAUCCCAAUGCUGAGCGCUAUAUAUAUAUAUAUAUAUAUAUAUAUAUAUAUAUAUAUAUAUAUAUAUAUAUAUAUAUA